AAACAACUGUGCUCAACCAUAGUCAAUCCCUUACGAUGCGGCGCCGUUUCCGUCACUUGAAAAACCGUUACCCUAACUCCCUAAACCCAAAACCCCCUCUGCUCCGUUGCUAUGCCCCGCCGCGACCAUCCUUUUUUAUUUUUGAAAAGGGCGACCAUCCUUAGGUUGUGUCCCACUUUCAGAAGGUUUAGGAACUCAUCGGAGGAGAUUCCGGGCUAGCCGUAUUAUCCCUUCCGAAACGACGGAAAACAUGUCCUCUUCCAAGUGGAGGGCGAUUCAGCACCGCCACCGGUAUACUUACAGCUCCGUUGUUUUCCCUCCCAGCUUCAUUGAAGCUUUAAACCAAACACCUUCUCUACCAUUCUUUACCGAACUUAAACACCUAGCUUCCCUCAACUCCAUUUAUACCCAGGUCGAACACGCCAAGAACAUCGCUUCAGCUUUCACUAACUUGCUCUCAAAUCCCAACUCCGAUGCCAAUACAUGCUCUCUGGCCGCCAAAUUUUACUUGGAGGUUCUUUUCCUCGAGAACUCGCUGCCUUUGCACAAGACCUUAGCAUCUUCUGGUCUUUCCAAGGUGAAAAACUUUCAGGAUCUCGUCAAGAAUGGUUUCAGGGAGCUUUGUGAGGAGUAUGGUGGUAGGAAUGCGCAUGGAAAUGGGAAGGGGAAGAAGAGGUUCUGUGUUUCACGGGCGGCCUUGACGGUGAUGGGCACUCCGAAGUUGGGUUAUCUGGUUGAGGUUGUGGAGGAAUGCGCGGUUAUGGUGGGAUGGGAUGUGGUUUCCGGGUUGAAUGCUGUGGUUUCUGAAACCAAUGAUUGGUCUAGGCCAUCGCCUCUUGUUAUGGAGCAAUGUCAGGAGGCCCUUUCAUGUAUGUACUACUUGCUACAGCGUUUUCCUCACAGAUUCUCUGAUGCCAGUAGGGAAGAAGAUGUAGAUAUAUUUGCCACGGUUUUCGUUACGGUUUUCAAUAUCUUGAAGUCUCAGGCUUUUCCUAGGGACUGUUUUGUGGCAGCUGGAGUGACUUUCUUUGCAGCUCUUCUGGUAUGUCUUAGUGAUGAGGAGCUAGGAUUGUUUAUCAUGGGAGGAAUUUUUUGUCAGACCUCCAUCAUUGAUUCUAAGACUAAUUUACAGGAUGUGAUUAGAAGAAUCCCGUACAAUGGAGAUUUGGUUAGUGAAAUUUCUAAUUUUACCCCACUUAGUAGACUUUGUUUGAUUAGGGGAAUACUUACUGCUGUUUCAAGAACAGUUCUGAAUACCAAAUUUUUGGUAUCAAGGACGGGUUUAGAUGGUGUUAAUGGGUCAGAAGAUGAUAGGGGUGUUACAAGAACAAUCCUUUAUGAUGGGAUUUUACCUGAGCUCUGUUACUUCUCUGAGAACCCUGUAGAUAGUCAUUUUAAUUUUCACUCUUUAACUGUACUGCAAAUCUGCUUGCAGCAGAUUAAGACAUUGCUGCAAAAUAAUGUUAGUGAUACUGCAGAAUCUUGUGACCUGAUUACAGAACACACGGGCAAUAGGAUCUUACGAAUUGUGUGGAGUAACUUGGAAGAUCCUUUAAGUCAAACCGUUAAACAAGUUCAUCUUAUUUUUGAUCUCUUCCUAGACAUUCAGGCCAGCCUUAGUUGGGAGGAAGGUGGCGAGAAAAAUAAGUUAUUUUUAAAGAAGAUUGCACAAGAUCUUCUUCGCUUAGGACCCCGCUGCAAGGGGAGAUAUGUUCCUUUAGCUUCCCUGACGAGAAGAUUGGGAGCAAAGGCCAUGCUAGAUAUGGGUCCUAAAUUGAUAUUUGAAACAAUGAAUGCUUACAAUGAUGAUGAUGUGUGCUGUGCCGUCACAACAUUCCUCAAGACUUUUCUUGAGAACUUGCGAGAUGAAAAUUGGAGUAGUCAUGGUAUUGAUGAUGGUUAUGCUAAAUACAGAGAUGAUUGCUUGCCUCCAUUCUUAUGUGGGCUUGCUUCCGGAGUUACAAAGCUGCGAUCAAAUCUGAAUACAUAUGCUUUGCCUAUAUUGCUUGAAUUAGAUGUGGAUGGAUUAUUUCCCAUGCUAGCUUCUAUUGGUGUUGGACUGAGUGAUGAGGAGUCUGAUCUGGUUUAUCCUCAGCUCCAUAUUUCAGAUUUUUCCCUAGGACUGGAACAACGAGUGGCAGUUUUGAUUUCUUUGCUCAAGGUUUCUCGUCUGAAUGCUUUAAUUGAAGGUGACAUUGAUUGGUAUAAGAAUAAUCCUCACGAGGCUUCAGUACCGGAUAUGGGGAAGGGUGAUGCAUAUUGUGCUGUUUCUGUCAAGCGAAUCAUAGUUAAAAUUGCUGCGGAUUGGCUAGUUUUGGCUCUAACUCACAGUGAUGAUUUACUUCGCAUUGAUGCUGCAGAAUUUUUCUUCUUAAAUCCGAAGACAGCAAGCCUUCCAUCUUCUUUGGAGCUUAGCCUAAUGAGAGUAGCCCUACCGCUGAAUAUGAGAUCUUGCUCUACUGCUUUUCAGAUGAAAUGGACCAGCUUGUUUAGGAAGUUCUUCUCUCGUGUUCGGACAGCCUUGGAAAGACAGUUGAAACAGAAAACUUGGUGCCCUGGUGCAGUUAUACAUGGAAAUGGUGAUCGGCCCAAAGAUGGUACCAUAGUAGCAGAAAUGGCAGAGGAGCUCUUCAAUCUAAUGAAAUGGUUGAGUAGCUUUUUGUUUUUUUCUUGCUAUCCUUCUGCUCCUUAUGAAAGGAAGAUAAUGGCAAUGGAGCUUUUCUUAGUGAUGUUGAAUGUAUGGUCUGUUGUACCUCAAUCAGAAGAGGAAUCCAACAUCGUUUCUUCUCUGUAUCCUUACAGUAAGGGCCUUACAUCAUCUGGUUCUUGUUUACUGCUGGUUGGAUCAAUCGUUGAUAGUUGGGACCGGUUGAGAGAAAAUUCAUUCCGCAUUCUUCUGCAUUUUCCAACCCCUCUUCCUGGCUUUAGCAGCACCCAGGAGGUUCAAAAAGCAAUUUUAUGGGCUAAGAAGUUAGUCUGCAGUCCACGUGUGAGAGAAAGUGAUGCGGGAGCUCUGACUCUGCGUCUUAUAUUUAGAAAGUACGUAGUAGAGCUUAGUUGGAUUGUUAACCUGGAGCGUAACCUUGUUGCUUUUCAUGCUCAGUCUGAGUCGCCAAAUGGUCUCCCUAUUGUUCGUAUGCAUCAAUCACCCGUGAUUGAAUAUAUAAGAUCUUUGGUUGAUUGGUUGCAUGUUGUUGUGGAUACUGCUGAGAAGGAUCUUUCUGAAGCAUGCAAGAAAAGCUUUGUCCACGGGAUAUUGCUUACUCUCAGAUACACAUUUGACGAAGUGGAUUGGAAUUCCAAAGCUGUUCUGAGCAGUAUUGCUGAUAUGAAAGUGGUUCUUGAGAAGCUGUUGGAGUUGGUUAUGCGAAUUACCUCCCUGGCCCUUUGGGUUGUAUCAGCAGAUGCAUGGCAUUUGCCUGAGGAUAUGGAAGAAAUGGUGGACGAUGAUGCUUUUGCACUGGAGGUUCCAACUGAUGAGGUUUCUCUUGCAGCCUUGGAGGAAAAUGACGUGGAAAAUGUGAAACUUAUGCAGGAUACCAGGUCAUCUGAACAAAUCGUUUUGGUUGGUUGCUGGCUUGCUAUGAAAGAGAUAAGUCUUCUUUUGGGGACCAUAAUACGGAAAAUUCCUUUACCUACCGGCGAGGCAUCUGCUGCAGAGAGCCCUGAUGUAAAGAAUGCAGAUGUUUCUGUAUCCGAUGGAGUGUUUGAUCUAAAACAAUUGGAGGCAAUUGGAACCCACUUUUUGGAAGUGCUCCUCAAAAUGAAGCACAAUGGCGCAAUAGAUAAAACAAGGGCUGGAUUUACUGCCUUAUGUAACCGUUUACUUUGUUCAAAUGACCCUCGACUUUGCAAGUUAACUGAAUUGUGGAUGGAGCAACUUAUGGAAAGAACAAUAGCAAAGGGACAAACUGUUGAUGAUCUUCUUCGGAGGAGUGCUGGAAUUCCAGCUGCAUUCAUUGCUUUGUUCCUCGCAGAGCCUGAAGGUUCCCCAAAGAGACUUCUGCCAAGGGCAUUACGAUGGCUGUUAGAUGUUGCAAAUGGGAUUUUGGUUGAAAAAACUACAGCCAACAGCUGCUUUACUUCUGAUGGUUUGUUGACUAAUUCAAGCCUAGUUAAUGACAAGGAGAACCUUUCCAAGAUCAGAGAUGAGGGGGUGAUUCCGACCGUCCAUGCCUUCAAUGUCCUUAGAGCUGCUUUUAACGAUACCAACCUGGCAACUGAUACAUCAGGGUUUUCAGCAGAGGCCUUGAUUGUGUCUGUGCGUUCUUUCUCUUCACCCUACUGGGAGGUGCGGAAUAGUGCGUGUCUUGCAUAUACUGCCUUGGUGCGGCGUACUAUUGGAUUCCUUAAUGUACACAAACGAGAAUCAGCAAGGCGUUCUAUAACUGGGCUUGAAUUUUUCCACAGGUAUCCUUCAUUGCAUUCUUUCUUAAUUCAUGAACUUAAAGUCGCAACUGAGUCACUUCUGGAUGGAUCUCCUGGAGAGUUGGAAUCCAACUUGGCAAAAGUUGUCCACCCUAGCUUAUGCCCAAUUCUUAUUCUAUUGUCACGGUUAAAGCCGUCGGCAAUCGCUAGUGAAACUGGAGACACCCUGGAUCCUUUCUUGUUCAUGCCAUUUAUCAGAAAGUGCUCUAUCCAAAGCAAUUUCCGCAUUCGUGUUCUUGCUUCAAAAGCUAUAACAGGCUUAGUUUCAAAUGAGAAAUUGCCUGUUGUACUCCUUAAUAUCGCCUCCCAGUUACCUUGCACAGAGACAAACAUCAGUUUGUCUUAUCCACCGAACUCAGUUAACCCAGAAAAGUCUGCCUUACACAAUUCCAAUUCUGUUCAUGGGAUGCUGCUGCAGUUGAAUUCUCUUCUCAAUAACAAUUGCCGAAAUCUCGUUGAUUCCUCUAAAAAAGAUAAGAUUCUCUAUGACUUGAUUCAAAUUCUUUCGUUGCGUUCAUGGAUUGGGAAGACUCAAGUGUGCAGUUGCCCUGUCCUUAAUAGCUGCUUUUUGAAUGUGCUGGAUACCAUGCUCAGUAUUGCCAGAAGUUGCCCAAUGAGUGAAAGUAUUGAUGCCAUUUGGAAACUUGUGUGGGAGUUAUCUUCAGAUUUCUUCCAUUCAGAAGAUUCUCGGAGGACAUCAUUUUAUGAUCCAACUAGAGUAGAGCUUCGUAAACAAGUAGCUCUGUCAUACUUCAAUUGCAUAUAUCAAACAUCCAAGGAAGUUGCUGAAGAGGAUCCUUUAAUCCCAUGGAGAUCUUCACCUCAAAAGUUGUUAAGAGUGCCUGAUUUGAAAAAUGCUCUUUCUGGUUUUCAAGAACGGCUGAUGUCAUGCAUUACUGAUGCAUCUUAUGAAGUUAGACUUACUAGUUUGAAGUGGCUUUUUUGGACCUUAAAAUCAACAGGAUCAAAGUUUCAAGGUGGCUGUCUAUCUUACUUUGAGAUAAAGACAUAUUUCUUGAGUAAUAUGGAUCUCCAGAGAACGCUUAUGGAUCUUAUAGCAGGUGAGAAUAACCAUAAAUGUACCUAUUACAUUCUUAAAAUUCUGUACCAUUGGAACUUUUUGGAAUAUGAUCAAGGAGAUCAACAGCAAGUUAGCUUAAGAUCAGUUGACUGGGAUGAAAAUUCCCUCUGCUAUUUUUGGGAGAAGUUAGUUUCUCUUUACAAGGUCAAUAGGCAUCCAAAGACUAGGCAAAUGCUUCUUUGCUGCAUGGGAAUAUGUGUAAAGAAAUUUGGUACCUUAUUCUUGGGCUUCCUCCAAGACACUAAAACGGAGGAGAGAAAUGUGUCCAGCCAAUCUGAUGAUUUGAGUUUGACCAAUUUCUACAACUGUAUCAGUUAUUUUGCUGACCUUGUCCAACUACAUGGUGAUGCAUCAGAGCCUGUGAAUAUGAGAAAGGCAGCUGCAGAAUCAGUAAUUGCUUCUGGUUUGCUUGAUCAGGCCAAGAUGAUUGGUCCGCUUGUUCUCAGUAACAAAGUCCCUGUAGAGAACCCUUGUUUACAUUUCAAUGUAGAAGAGGCUGUGAGCAUAUAUGCCCAUAAGAUCCUGAUGGUAUGGUUCACAUCUAUAAAACUUUUGGAGGAUGAGGAUGAUGAACUUAGGUGGAAGCUUGCGCUUGAUGUUCAGAAGUGCAUUGGAUCCCUGGAAGGCCAAAAUGCUUAUAAUGCUGGCGUGGUUCCCAGCCAAGUUGAAAAGGUUAUUGAAUUGAGUUUUGAGCAUCUCUCCUCAAUCUUUGGUCACUGGAUUGACUACUUUGACACCCUCUGCAAUUGGAUUCUGAAUUCUGCAAAUUCUGUUGUCAGUGUGGUAUCAAGAGGAGACUUUGUAAGGCGUGUUUUUGACAAGGAGAUUGAUAAUCACCACGAAGAAAAGCUUAUGCUUUGCCAGAUCUGUUGUUCCCAUCUGGAAAGCCUUCCAAUAAAAUUUGGCGACGAGCACAAGUUAAUGGAUUAUCUACAUGGAUGGAGGAAGAGGUUCCGUGACUCUCUACUAUCAUUUGCGAAUAUCUAUGUUCGCCAACAAGGAGUCGAUUGGAUAGGGGGCAUUGGCAACCACAAGGAUGCUUUCUUACCGAUGUAUGCAAAUCUACUUGCAUUCUAUGCCCUGUCAAAUUGCAUCUUCCGUGGAGACGUUGAGAAUAGCAGGUUGAUGCUCAAUGAAGUACUUGAACUUGAGGAGAUUCUCCAUCCAUUUGUUCUAAACCCAAUGGUCUCUAACUUGUAUUUGUUAGUGAUUGAAUCACAUGAGAAAAUGGCUGGGGAAUCUCCGAGCCUUUUGGCCCAAAAUUUAAGAGGGAAAACCUCUGCCUGGUCCGGUUUUAACCCUUAUUUCCUACUCAGGUGAAACAUAGUUUUUGAACUUCAUACUCAGUUUUGGGAAGCCGGAGCAGUUUUUUGUAGUUGGUUAGGCUUCUUGUUGUGUAUGCCAUGUCCAGAAAUCUCAAUUGAGUGCAAUUGUUCAUUCUUUAUGUGCCAUUGUCAAAAGAUAAUUUUCGAAAGACAUACCAAUACCGCUCAAAGAAAACAUUAAUCGGAAGCUCGAACGAAGCUCAGCAUCAUCGACGCUCUAACUUUAAAUCAAUAAUAUUACUUAAAAGUUCUCGAGUACCAAAAAUAAAGCUAGCCGUUUCUGAGAAUGUUUCAUCUAAAAAGCAAUAACAUAUCCCGUGUUGCAAAUCUUAAGAAGACCAACACAGAGAUAGAGCAAGGAUAAACUCUACAGCUCAAGCUUCAUCCUCCUCAUUGCCAUCCUCCUCGUCAUCUUCCUCAUCAUCAUCUCCCUGCAGAAGAAGAAGAAGAGCAGCAAACAUAAGUAGAAAAUAACAGCGAACAUUCACAAUAUUUGAGACACUGACACUAAACUCCACCUAAUCACAUAUGCAAUGUUUUUUCCUGGGUAGAAAUCUGACAGAACUAAAGUUGGAACAGAGAGAGAGAGAGAGAGAGAGAGAGAGAGAGAGAGAGAGAGAGAGUCCAAGUUUUGAGUGGUUAUUAGGAUCAGAUCACAGUAUGUAGAGGCAAUGAGGGAGCAGUAUUAUUUUCUCUUCCCUUUCUAACACGAACUUUCACUUCUCUAUUCUAUCACCAGACAAAAAGACAAGAGCACAAACAAACAGAGAUGAAAGUUAUUUUUUUUAAUUUUUUACCUCUUCCUCUUCAUCUUCUUCAUCAGCUUC